CCUUUGUCCCCACGCCCCGACCGGCCUGACGACACCUCGUCGCGUUCCCGGCUCUCCCGCCUAUUUAAUGGCGAGCUGGCAACCAGCGCUGGGCCUAGGCGCAUCUGCAAGCCGCGAUCGCCGGCCAGCUUAGCACCACCGCACUGCGUCAGUAGUCAGUACACCCGCGACGUACGACACCUUGAGACGCCAUGUUGAUGGCGCCUCACCAUGCAAGGUCGUCGACGUCGGCGACGGUGCUGAUGGUGCUCGUGGCCGCGGCGGUCGUCGUAGGCGGCGCGGCGGCGGCGGCGUCGGGGAAGAAGAAGCCGGUGGUGCCGGCGGUGAUCGUGUUCGGGGACUCGACGGUGGACACGGGCAACAACAACGUGAUCGGCACGGUGCUGAAGAGCAACUUCCCGCCGUACGGGCGCGACCUGCAGGGCGGCGCCACGGGCCGGUUCUGCAACGGGCGGCUGCCGCCCGACUUCGUCUCCGAGGCGCUCGGCCUGCCGCCGCUCGUGCCGGCGUACCUCGACCCGGCAUACGGCAUCGAGGACUUCGCCACCGGCGUCGUCUUCGCCUCCGCCGGCUCCGGCCUCGACAACGCCACCGCGAGCGUCCUGGCAGUGAUACCGAUGUGGAAGGAGGUGGAGUACUUCAAGGAGUACCAGCGCCGGCUGGCGAAGCACGCCGGGCGCGCCCGUGCCAGGCACAUCGUGGCCAACGCGGUGUACGUCGUCAGCGUGGGCACCAACGACUUCCUGGAGAACUACUACCUGCUGGUCACCGGGCGGUUCCUGCAGUUCACGGUGGCCGAGUACCAGGACUUCCUGGUGGCGCGCGCCGCGGAGUUCCUCACGGCCAUCUACCGCCUCGGCGCGCGCCGGGUUACCUUCGCGGGGCUCUCCGCCAUCGGCUGCGUGCCGCUGGAGCGCACGCUCAACCUGCUCGGCGGCGGCGGCUGCAACGAGGAGUACAACCAGGUGGCCCGGGACUACAACGUCAAGGUCAAGGCCAUGAUCGCCAGGCUCCGGGCGGAGCUCCGCGGGUACAGGCUCGCCUACAUCAACGUCUACGACGACAUGGUCGACCUCAUCGAGCACCCCGAGAAGCUCGGGCUGGAGAACGUCUCGGAGGGGUGCUGCGCCACCGGGAAGGUGGAGAUGGGGUUCAUGUGCAACGACAAGUCCCCUCUUACCUGCGACGACGCCGACAAGUACUUCUUCUGGGACUCGUUCCAUCCAACCGAGAAGAUCAACCGCUUCUUCGCCAAAGGGACGACGGCGGUGAGCUUGAGCUUGUUGAGGUAGGAAUCAGCUGCCGUACAGAUCAAGCGAAUAUGAAAAGGGAAUGUGAGCACUGAGCAGUACUGUGAUCAGAGUUGUCGUUUAACUGGUGUAGAUACAUAGCAUGUAUGUGUUGAGCGUGGGCGAUUCGAUGUACACUGUCUCACAUGAAGUCCGUCCACUAUUUGGGUUUCAGUGAGAAAGAUUAAAUUUACAUACUUGCAUUGUUGGGUCUUCGAUUGUGAAACUAUAACAGUUUAGCUAUAUAACAGUCGCCUGACUUUUCUCUUUUA